AGCGUCACGUCCCCGUCACGUGACUUCACUGCUCUCUCCUGCUAACAACAUGGCUUCCGAGGACCUGCCGUCAGAAUUUGAUGUUGUCAUCCUGGGCACAGGUUUAGCAGAGUCAGUUGUAGCAGCGGCCUGCGCUCGAGUCGGACAGAGAGUUCUGCACCUUGACAGGAAAAGUUACUAUGCAGGAAGCUGGGCAAGUUUCACCUUCAACGGCCUGCUGUCCUGGAUCCAGGAGCACACGGCGGGGUCUCAGCCGGAGACAGAGGAGCUCCACGACUGGUCGAAUUUGUUGGAGGAUGGAGAGGAGAUGAUCUGCCUGUCAAACACAAACUCCGCCCCCUUCAGCAACGUGCAGGUCUACUGCUACACCAGUGAGAAAGACGAGGAAGAGGAGGACGAGGCCAGGAGUCCUGAGGCUCUGAACACCACAGAAGAAGAAGGAGGAAGAGGAGGAGGCGAUGAAGACGGCGUGACAGAGCCGGCCGAGUCCCACACAGCAGAGCUGAAGGAGGAGGAGGAGGAGGAGGGCGGCGAGCGGAGGCAGGAAGGAGCAGCAGACGCACAGGAAGAGGAACGGGAAGAGGAACAGGAAGAGGAACAGGCCAUUCAGACAGAGGGGGAGGGGCCAGAGCCAGAGUCAGGACAGCCACGCCCCUCUGCUGCCCCCAGCCAAUCAGAGCCGGUCAAGAAGAAGAUCAGCUACGCUCAGCUGCUGAAAGAAGGACGGAGGUUCAACAUCGACCUGGUGUCAAAGCUGAUGUAUUCCCGCGGCUCAUUGGUCGAUCUGCUCAUCAAGUCAAAUGUCAGCCGCUACGCAGAGUUCAAGAACGUCACCAGGAUACUCACCUAUCGCCAUGGAAACGUUGAACAGGUUCCUUGCAGCAGAGCAGAUGUGUUUGCCAGCAGACAGCUGUCUGUGGUGGAGAAGAGGAAGUUGAUGCGUUUCCUGACUUCCUGUCUGGAGGAGACGCAGGAGGAGCAAGCCUUCGCCGGUCGACCAUAUUUGGAGUUCCUUCGUGACCAGCAGCUUGGCGACAACUUGCAGCACUUCCUGCUUCACUCCAUCGCUAUGGCAACAGAGGACACACCCACAGAGGAGGGGCUUGCCUCUACACGUCACUUCCUACGUUGUCUGGGUCGCUAUGGCAACACACCCUUCCUGUUUCCUCUGUAUGGCCUCGGAGAAAUACCGCAGUGUUUCUGUAGGAUGUGUGCUGUGUUUGGAGGAAUCUACUGUCUGAGACACUCCGUCCACAGCCUGCUCGUCCACAAGGACACCAACAGGUGUAAGGCGGUAAUUGACAGCCGGGGACAGCGAAUCAGCUGCAGCCAUGUGGUGGUGGAGGACGGCUACGUGGAGGCGGCGCGGAAGCCGACGGCCACACCCACCAGGUUUCUGUCUCGUGCUGUCCUGAUCACUGACGGCUCCGUCCUGUCCAGUGAGUCCGACCAGCAGGUUUCCUUGGUAACGGUUCCUCCAUCAGAGGCAGGCGGUCCGUCAGUGAGACUGGUGGAGCUCUGUCCGUCCACCAUGACCUGCAUGCCUGGAACAUAUCUGGUCCACCUCACCUGUCAGUCAGUCAGCUCCGCCUACCAGGACCUGUCGCCCGUGGUUACCAGGAUGUUUCGCACACCAGAGUCCCAUGACCAAGAGGGACGCCCGUCUGUCCUCUGGUGUCUGUAUUUCAACAUGGCCGACGGCUCAGCGGUGGAGGUCGAAGGUCACGACCUGCCGUCCAACGUGUACGUGUGCUCGGGUCCGGACGGCGGCCUGGGACACCAGCACGCCAUCGGCCAGGCAGAGGCCAUCUUCCACAAGAUCCUGCCAGAGGACGAAUUCUGUCCCCCGGCGCCAAACCCUGAAGACAUCAUCUAUGAUGGAGAGACCUGCACCUCCCCCCUGGGAGAGGAGGGCGAGGAGAGGGGGGAGGAGGAGGGGGAGGGGGAGGGAGAGGGGGCGGGGGAGGAAGAGGGGGAGGGGGAGGGAGGGGAGAAAGAGGAGAAAGAGCAGGAGGAAGAGGAGGAGGAGGAGGAGGAGCGGGAUGGUGAGGUGCAGGAGAAGCAGAGCCUUAAGUCUGAGGAGUAACACACUCAGUGUACAUACACACACACACACCUGUAGCCCUACGCACCAGGAGAAGCCACAGGGAAUUAUGGGUAAAAAGUUACAGUUGCCUUCAUCUUUUGUUAUAUUUUUUUUCUGCUCUGUGUUUUUUUAACGAUUCUAUCUUUAAA